CCCGCCGCCGGCGACGCCGCUCUCGCAGUGCCCAUGUGCGGGCGGGCGGCCGGGACAUGCUCACUGGGCGUUCUCCGCGCCGCGCCGCGGCUACCGCACAUGCUCACUGAGGGCGGAGGGCACCGUCGGAGACUGAAGGCUUCUCUGAAGCGUAAUCCUCAAGAUGAAGUUCUUACUAGCAGUUUUCUUUUUCAUCUUGUUCUCCUUAUGUGUUGAAGAAGUCUGCUCCAAAGAGAAGUCUUCAAAGAAAGGGAAGGGGAAAAAGAAGCAAUAUCUAUGCCCAUCCCAGCAAUCAGCUGAAGACCUUGCAAGAGUACCUGCUAAUUCUACCAGCAAUAUCUUGAAUAGGCUAUUGCUCAGUUAUGAUCCCAGGAUAAGACCUAAUUUCAAAGGAAUUCCAGUCGAUGUUGCAGUCAACAUCUUCAUUAACAGCUUUGGGUCCAUUCAAGAAACAACUAUGGAUUAUAGAGUCAACAUCUUUCUAAGACAGAAGUGGAAUGACCCUAGACUCAAACUGCCCAAUGAUUGGAGAGGUUCAGAUACGCUGACAGUGGACCCAACUAUGUUUAAAUGUCUUUGGAAGCCGGACUUAUUCUUUGCAAAUGAAAAAAAUGCUAACUUCCAUGAUGUCACACAAGAAAAUAUCCUUCUUUUUAUAUUUCGGGAUGGAGAUGUCCUAGUCAGCAUGAGGUUGUCUAUUACUCUGUCAUGCCCUUUGGACUUGACCUUGUUCCCUAUGGAUACGCAGCGCUGCAAAAUGCAAUUGGAAAGCUUUGGUUACACAACUGAUGACUUACGGUUUAUCUGGCAGUCUGGAGAUCCUGUACAGCUAGAGAAAAUUGCUCUGCCUCAGUUUGAUAUUAAAAAGGAGGAUAUUGAAUAUGGUAACUGUACCAAGUAUUAUAAAGGCACAGGUUAUUACACUUGUGUAGAAGUAAUCUUCACUUUAAGAAGACAAGUUGGAUUUUACAUGAUGGGUGUUUAUGCUCCUACACUGCUAAUUGUUGUUCUAUCCUGGCUGUCAUUUUGGAUCAAUCCUGAUGCAAGUGCUGCAAGAGUCCCACUGGGUAUCUUCUCAGUGCUCAGCUUGGCAUCUGAAUGUACCACUCUUGCCGCUGAACUUCCCAAAGUGUCUUACGUGAAGGCCUUAGAUGUCUGGCUGAUUGUUUGCCUUCUCUUUGGGUUUGCGUCCCUGGUGGAGUACGCGGUGGUUCAGGUAAUGCUAAACAAUCCAAAGAGAAUUGAAGCCGAAAAAGCAAAGAUUGCCAAGGCAGAGCAAGCGGAAGGGAAGGGUGGAAACGCUGCCAAGAAGAACACUGUGAAUGGCACAGGGACUCCCGUCCACAUCAGCACUUUACAGGUUGGUGAGACCAGAUGCAAAAAAGUUUGCACUUCGAAAUCUGAUCUGAGAUCCAAUGAUUUCAGCAUCGUUGGAAGCUUGCCAAGGGAUUUUGAAUUAUCGAAUUAUGACUGUUAUGGGAAACCCAUUGAAGUCAACAACGGGCUCGGGAAAUCUCAAGCCAAGAACAACAAGAAGCCUCCUCCUCCCAAGCCUGUCAUUCCAUCAGCCGCAAAGAGAAUCGAUCUUUAUGCAAGAGCACUGUUCCCUUUUUGCUUCUUGUUCUUCAACGUCAUAUACUGGUCCAUAUAUUUAUGAUAAAUCUUUUAUUUAUUUUUUUUCAUAUGUAUAAAAUAUAUGCCAUUUCAUUACCCCUUCCCAGUCAUGAAGGCCACUGUGUGAAAUUAUUUGCAUUUGCAAAGCAAUAUGUUGUAUUUUGAUGCCAUGCGAUUGUACUGAACAUAUGGCAUCUGAAAUUUGAAUGAAAGCAUGACACCGCAAUGUCUGUGCUCCAGCCAACGUUGUAUAUAAAUGUACAGCAUACAUCCUGCUUUAGGAAUAUAUAUGAAGGACAAUGCAUACUACAUUAUAAAGCUGAAUAACUUCAGUUAUUAGUAACAUGCAGAGAUUUAAAGUGUUUCUGACAAUGAAACUGAUGUGCACGUUGAGUAUUAUUAAAAUCAGUAUUCUAGUAUAUGUAGUAUUUAACAGCUUUUCUGCUGACUUCCAGAGAAAAAAAAAAAAAAGCCAAACAUCUUGUUCUUGUAUAAUUUUAGAUGGCACUGUUGAAGAAAAAGCUAAGUUGUAAUUCAUAUUAUUUAGACUUUGUAAGCGAAGGCAGCAUUGAAUAAGCUGAUCUUGUCUAUGUAGAAAAAUAAAGAUCAGAGAAUUACUAAUUUUGUAAAAACAGCUCAUUUAGAAAGAAACCCAACAAUUGUAUUGAUCAAGCAGGCACACAUAAGUGUGUGAGAAUAUGCUGACCAUAAAACAUUGGGCCAAAUUUCGACUGUUAUUUCCUUAGGCACAAGCUAGAUACAAUAUAUCAUAAACAAACAGACCACUUCCUAGACUAAAGGUAUCAGGAGUUUUGGGGAAACAUCACAAGAUGCAGUUCAGUAUCAGGUUAUAAUAUCUUCUGUAGCAUCUGGCAAGCCUGCAGUAUAUGUCACAAUUUUUCUGUUGUUGCAUUGGAUACAUUUUACUUGAUUUGUUUCAUUUAUCCCCUUGAGAGUUUUCAGUUUAAACAAACCAGUUGUUGUCAAGAUGAAUUCCCAUGUUUACCACUAGUUAUACCUUUUUUCUUUGCCUGUUGUAGUACACGUGACCAACGCUAACACCUGGCCACCAGUAGAAGUGAAGGAGUGUCUAAAGGUCCGAGGGGCUGAGAUUCUUAAAUAUAUCAUGAGGCUUUGUGCCUAUGUGUUAAUUAAUGGCUGCCCUCACCUACUCAUUGAUUUGGCUGCUGCUUUUUGGAGAAUAAGGCCCUAUGUGUGAAUCUGCUAUGACAGGAGAUUGGUCUCCAUUUUCCAGAGGAAACCCCAUGACAUGGAGACUACAAAAGCAUGAUUUCCCCAGGAUGCAUAGGGCAGGACCUGUGGUCUCCCGUGGGUGCCAGGGUACACUCCUUCUUGAGGGCAAGCCAUGAGGUGAAACACAGCCAAAAGCAGGCUGCUUGUACAGAGGCAUCUGAGAGGCAUGUGUUCCCCAGGAACAGCCAGGGACUGUGCCUCAGCCCUUGCCAGUGUGCCACAGGGAAACAUGUCUCCUCCUGGAAAGCUGGGGCACCACAGUCAGUUAAGGCAGGAUGGAUUAUUGGCUCCUCAUAGGUGAGGAAGGAACUGAAUUAAAGAACUAAAACCUUCCGUAGGGAGGGAACAGUCACAAUCACACUUGCAGUACUACAUUUCUGGCUCACUCAGGAUGUGCUGAGCGAAUGCAGGCCGCAAGUGGGCUGCUGGAUCUCUUGGGUAUUGCCCAUCGUGUUAAUAUUGUCCACAUUCAGCGAGCUUGCACAACCAGAAGGUCAGAAGUGGGAGUAUAAAAAGAGCAAAGCGUGCUGUGCUGGCUUCACUGGGCAUCUGGCAGAUCUGCAUGUGCCCAGGGUGUUUUCUAACCACAGCCACUUUGUCACCAGGAGCCUGGUUUUAAUGAUUCACAUUUGGGUUGAAGGGAUCUGCACUUCAGAAUACGGUCAUGGAGAUCUGCACUUCAGAAUAUGGUCAUGCACUUUCCACCAGCUUCCUGGCCACUUUGUCAUGGAGAUUUCAGGGAGUCACUUUAGCCCAUGGCCACAGUUUGUCUCUUGGGUUUCUCUCUGAUCAGAGGAGAUUGAAAGGAAAUCCCAAAUGUUACUGAACCAUGUUGAACCAGAGGAAAAAAAAAAUAAAUCUUUAAGAUCCAGUUCAAAGUUUCAGUAUUUCUGUCUGUUGAAGGUAUUUACAGAAUUGUCAGAGACUGAGAAGCAAUAAGGAUAUUUCAAAGAGAGGAAGGAAGGGAGGGGUAAUUUUUCUACAUACAAUCAGAGUGCUAUAUUUAUAGACAUUAUUUAUUCUCAUACUUGUAUUUUUUCAUACAGUACUGGAAGGCAAGAAAAUAAUUACCCUGUGUUGGAAAUUAUAUGAAUUUUGGAAGAUAAUUUUCUUGUUAGAACUCUUAUUAAAUGAUUUAUCUGUAAUUAAUGUCCACAUUCUAUCUGUAUAAUCUCAAUUAUAGAUUUUAUUGUUAAAUUAA